AUGUUGGAGUGGAAAAAGUGGCCAGGAGAAUCACAAGAUUGGGAUACAAUGUGGAACUGGGUAAUGCAGCAAGCUAGGGGCAAACAUUCUAGAGAGAUUAUCUUGAAGGCUAGUUUUGCAGCAGUAGUACAUGGUUUAGAGGAAGUAACUGAGAAGGGAUUGAGGUGGCUAAGCUCUCCCCUGAUAUUUAUGUCUUCUCCAACUACUGCUGGUUUCGCUAACAUGCUCCCUAGACUGACACUUUCCUCAAAUUAUUCCCAGAUAGGAGCUGAUAUUUUCAAAAGAGCACUAUCCUAUCCUGCAAAACAGAUAGCAAAGAAUGCUGGUGUAAAUGGAAAUAUAGUUGUAGAGAAGAUUUUGUCAGUUGAUAACAUGAAAUAUGGAUAUAAUGCUGCAAGAGACAUAUAUGAAGAUCUGAUGGAUGCCAAAAUUUUGGAUCCUACGAAGGUUGUUAGAUGUUGCCUAGAACAUGCAGUAGCAGUUGCCAAGACCUUCCUAAAAUCAGAUGCCGUUGUUAUUGACAUCCUGGAACCAGUAUCCUGA